AUGUCAAUUGAUCCUAACGAGGCCAGAGGCGGGAACGGCAGGCGUAGAAGAGCACAGUCUGCCGUCCCGUCCUUGGACCCGCGCGUUGAUAAUUUUGUAGAUUUAAUUGACGUAGAUCAAGUUGGUGAAGUUAGUCAAGAUGAUGAAGUGUCAGUGCCAAGUGAGUCGUCGGCGGAACGCCGAGCCUAUGCAGAGAUCGAGAGGAUGCGGCAGCAACGGGAAAUUGAGAGGCAGCAACGUGACAGGGAGAGGCAGGAAGAAACGGAGCGACGUCGACGGGAGAGGCAAGAACGCCACCAGCAGCGGGAUCGCGAGGGUCGCCUUCGACGAGAGCAAGAGGCCGAUCGUCGGUCGAGGGAAGAACGUCGCAACCGCGAUGCACGCCCCAGAUCCAGGUCCCCGCACCGCUCCAGACCGUCCCAGACGCCCGUAGUUCCGGCGCCUCCCGCCACGAGAAAUGCACUUCCACCGUCGCCGCCGCCGUCAGCCGGGACAUCGGAAAGAUCUCAGCAUCCAAGAAAAGUCCUGGUCUCGAAAGAAGAUUCGAGAAACCUCGCCGACUGGCUUAACAAGAGCGUCACGCCAGCCGAACUGAAGGGUUUUGCAGACAAAUACCCGAUUGAAUUCGAGAAGAAAGAAUUCAGCCUGGCUCCUCCACGUCUGGACGACUGGAUGACCAGGCGACUAAAAGAGUCCGCCGCCCACAAACCAGCCGAGGCGGCAGAGAAAACGUGGCUUUCGGUACAGCUUAAAGUGCUGGACAUAGCAGGACCGCUUGUCUAUCUCCACCAGCUGACGAAGCAGGGUCGCCCGCUGGACAUGGAAGAGGUGUCCGAAAACGUUAAAGUGGCGCUGGAGCUAACAGCCGCAGCGUCCUACGACAUCAACCGUAGAAGACGCCGGAACAUCCUCAACCAUACCGACCCUCGCUCUGACUACUUGCUGGAGGACCCCAAAUCCUUUUCAAGCAAGCAAACAGUUUCGUCACUGUUUGGCAAACGCUUCCUCGAAGCCAUGUUGAAAGAAGCGGACCAAGACGAAAAACUAAGCCGUCGUGGUCCACCAGGCCCAGCCCCCAAAACAGCUGCAGGACCGGUAACACGAUCGAAAUCCGGCAGAGGAGGCAGAGGGCAAUUUCCAUUCGACAACGAUCGAGGCGGCGGACGUGGGAGAAGAGGAAAUGGGAAAGGUUUGCGACGAGGAAGUGGUUAGCUUAUUAGAAAAAAAGGCCAUUGAGGAGACAUCCGAUUCGGACGGAUUUUUUAGUGCCCUUUUUGUAAUACCAAAAAAAGCGGGGGGCUAUAGGCCCAUUGUUAACUUAAAAGCGCUCAACAACU